AUGGCUGAUAACUUGGACAUGUUCAGAAAGUUGAGUGAGCAUUUGAUCCUGAUCAUCAUCUCUUUCCUUUCCUUCAAAGAAGCCGUAAGGACUAGCGUUUUGUCCAAGCGUUGGCGUUACAUAUGGCAUGAAACAAGGAACAUUGAGUUUGAUGAGAGAGCCUUUGUAGAUGUUCGUGAAUCUCAAGAAAUGCAAGCCUCUCAAAGAAGGGGUUUCAUGGAUUUUGCACUACAACGGAUCCAAAACUAUCAAGGACGUGAUAUAGAUAAGUUUCAACUCACAUUAUCUAAGCCUGAAAAUUUUAAUGGGGAUAUACAACGUUGCAUUUCAUUUGCCAUCAUACAUAAUGUGAAAGGUUUAGGCCUUGAUUUUUCUGACCCAACAUGGGCAGAAGAUAACCUUGAUAAUCAUGCAGCGUUGUUUGAUUUGCCAUUAAAUGUGUUUGGACAUAUAGUUCUUGAAUCUAUAAAGUUGUUCUCCUGCAAUUUUCGUAACUCUGACUUCAUGAACUUUACAGCACUGAAGCAAGUCUCUUUCGGUUGGCUGGAAUUAUCACUGAGUUUUAUUAAAGCCUUGUUAAGGAAUUGUCCCUUGCUAGAGAGUUUGAGUUUGAAGAAGUGUUGGAACUUGGAUCAUCUUGAAAUCAGUGGACCAAAUUUGAGGCUGAAAUGUUUUGUUGCGGAUAACUGUUCUCUAAUUUCCAAUGAGAUUGUCAUUGAAGCGCCAAAUUUAAGGUUCUUCAAAUAUUCUUGGACAAUUCCUCAUUUUGAAUUUGAAAUACACCCAGCCCAUAUGGAAGAAGCAGAUCUAAGCUUUGGGAUGGAGUUGGAUUAUGAUGAAUCUAUAGGAUAUGAUCUCUAUAAACUCCGUCUACAACUUUAUCCAAUCAAGGCUUUGACUAUUUGCAGCUUUAUACUUCAGGUUUUAUCUCUUUACAUAAAUUAA